AUACAGUCUAAUCUACCUCCAACAUUCAAUCUGAUUUUUCCUGUUUCAUAACAAUUUUUCAUUAAAUGUGCAAAAAUAGCUCUUUACAUGUAAUUCGCCCUCAGCUAGCAGCAUCUUGGACGGGAGCAAGACUUUUAGUGACAAUGAAGCUCAUUCUUCAUCGAAGCAUCACCCUCCAUCCCAAUCCCAUCUCAGCUACAGCAAGAACGAAUCGCUCAUACAUAUCAUCAUCAAUCCAUCGUGAAGAAGCUGAAAAGAGGAAGAUAGAGUUGAGAGUAUGCACAAACAGGACGUGCAGAAGACAGGGUUCUCUAGACUCCCUUCAAGUCCUGUCUGGAAUCGCGCCGCCGCAUGUCGCCGUCACCUCCUGCGGUUGCCUCGGAAAAUGCGGCACCGGACCAAAUCUCGUAGUCUUCCCCGGUGCCGUCUUUAUCAAGCACUGCCACACCCCUGCUCGGGCUGCCGAAACGAUGUCGUUCUUCUGCCUUGACCAGGAUUAUAAUGACAUUGAAAAUGAAUGCAGGAAGUGUUUGGAGGCACUAGAAUUGAGGAAGGCAGCCGAGGAUGAGAUGGCUAAGGGUGAUUUCUCCAAUGCCUACCAUUUACUCUCUCAGGCUAUUGAUCUAAAACCAUUUGGUGGCAUCCAUAUCUCGUAUAGAAACAGGUCAGUUGCUAGGCUCACAAUGGGAGACUCAGCAGAAGCACUUCUGGAUGCUAAUGAGGCUCUUAGUAUCGCUCCAAGUUAUUCAGAUGCUUACAUUUGCCAAGGUGAUGCUUUCAUGGCUAUGGACAAGAUUAAUGCUGCCAGGAAUUCCUAUUCAGUCGCUUUAGAUCUGGAUCCCUCCAUCCGUCAUUCCAAAUCAUAUAUGAUUCGGAUUGCUAAGCUCAAGGAGAAAUAUGCCUAAUGGGUGCAACAGACCGCUCCAACAUAGAUUGGUACUUUUUUGAAGUACGGAACGAUCGGAUCAGUAUAUAUAA